UUUCUAUCGGACAAUUCAAUGAGGCAGUCCAAGUUGUUGUUUCAAUCGACCUGCAGUUUUUUGAACAAGCAGAAAAUAUUGAAGCAAACCAAAAAGAAUUAUUUUCUUCACCACUCAGCGUUUUACUGUCAAAAAACAGCCGACGGACCCAAGGUGCUGGUGACAAGAAAACUGAUAGAUCCUGCUCUACAGAAGAUCAGGGAGGCGUUUCCUACCGUGCAACUCGAUGUUUGGCCCGAGGAGCAAACUCCAAUACCGAGAACUGUUUUAUUGGAAAAGGUUUCUUCUGGACUGGACGGCCUCAUUUGUAUGCUUUCGGACAAAGUCGAUAGUGAAUUGCUAAAAUGCUGUCCUAAGAAUAAGCUGAGAGUGGUUUCUACUAUGAGUGUUGGGUUCAAUCAUAUUGAUUUAGAAACUUGUAAACGACAUAAAAUCAAGGUCGGCAAUACUCCCGACGUUUUGACGGAAACUACUGCAGAUUUGGUUUUGGGAUUGACACUAGCAACCUGUAGACGCUUUCGAGAGGCUAUCAGCUCUGUAGAGCAAGGUAAAUGGGGUAGUUGGUCACCUUAUUGGCUUUGUGGAGUGGAUGUGCAUCACUCAAAGGUUGGUAUUGUUGGCUUUGGACGCAUCGGUCAAGCAGUUGCCCGACGUUUUUUGGGCUUUGACUGUCAAAUUUUAUACAACAGCAGGACGGAAAAGGCUGCAGGAAAGAAAAUGGGUGCAUCUUUUGUAGACUUGGAUACUUUAUUACGAGAGAGUGACAUUGUCAUACCACAAUGUCUACUUUCUGAAGAGACAAGAAACAUGUUCCAUUUGGAGGCUUUUAAAAAAAUGAAACCUACGGCCAUAUUUAUCAAUGCCUCACGUGGUGAAGUUGUUGAUCAAGAGGCACUGUAUCAGGCUUUGAAGCAAGGGAUCAUCCGAGGUGCCGGUCUGGAUGUUUGUGUACCGGAACCACUUCCUCCUUCUCAUCCUCUUUUAUCUCUUCCGAAUUGUACAAUUUUGCCUCAUAUAGGAAGUGCUUCAACAAGUACCCGAGAGAAAAUGUCUUAUAUGUGUGUUGAAAAUUUGAUUGCUGGAUUAGAAAAUCAAUCGUUGCCUUAUGCUGUGUGAAAUCUCUCUCUGGCUCAGCAGCCAUUAAAUCCAUACCUCGAAAA